AUGCUCGGAUUGUCUGAUCUUCUAGAGGGUCUCUGUAGAAUUUUGCUCCGCAAGGUCCUCUCAGUGGAUUUAGGCGGUUCCAAAGGUUUUGAGUUUCUGUUUCACGUAGGCUGGCUCAUUCUCUUGAUCUGCCUGCAAGCGUUGUUAACCUCGGAGGCCGAACGAAGCAAGGGCACCUGUGAUGACAAUUGUGCCUCGGCCAAGGGUCACGCUCAGUCACCAUGCAUCAUGCCGCCUCGGGGCGGCUGGUUGCUUGCAGCGCCGGAAACAUGCAUGUGCUUUAAAGUUUUUGGGCCGGAAAACUGCAGUUUCUCAGAGCAACAGGGUGAACGGAGGACAGUGCAGGCAUGUGCAGGCGCUGUUGUCGCAUCAACAUCACUACCAUCAACAUCAAUACCCCUUCUUAAGAUUUGGCUUUGUGACGUCGACGCGUUGGCUUUGUCGGACAUGGCAGUGGAAGUCCUGAAGUUUCAAAUUUGA